AUGGCUGUUCGAGAUUUUACUAUCGAUUGUGUGGGUGGAUGUAUUAAUAUGGUGGAUACAGCGAGCGCGGCUAACUUCACGGAGCGAGAAAGAGACAGUACAAGUAGGAAGUGGUGGAAUCAACUUGAUCAACAAUGCGUGGUGGUUACUGGUACUGGUUAUUGCCAGCUGGGUGGAGUGGGAAGGACAUAUAAUAAUAGGGAUACUGGACCCAGUGCUUCGACAAUCGACACAUGCCGCGACCACCUUUCAAAAGGAAAUACACGACUCCCGGUGGUCACUUACGCUAACAUACGGAUGUCUGAUUGUUUUAAAAAUUUGCUAUAA